AUGACCCUUAUCAUUCAAUAUCUGCAAGAAGGGAUUCUUACAGAAAACAAGGCGGAAGCUAGGAAGAUCCAAAACAACGCGUUGUUCUAUCAAAUGGACAAUGGCAUUCUUUACAGGAGAUCUUUUUUUGGGUCACUAUUACACUGCGUGGACCCCCAAGAUGUAAGCUACUUAAUCAGGGAAAUUCAUGAAGGCAUAUGUGGAAUACAUGCGGGCCCUCGCAUGGUUGUGGCAAAGAUCAUGAAUGCAGGCUAUUAUUGGCCAGGGAUGCACGUCGAUGCUUUAAAUGAACUGCGCAAAUGUGAUGCAUGUCAAAGGCAUGCGCCGAAGACCCUGCGCCCAAAAAAUGAUUUGAUCCAGUUUCAACAGCCUGGCCUUUCCAGCAGUGGGAAUCGAUAUGGUGGGACCCUUUCCUGA